AGUUUGUCUGUGUUCCAGAGAGGAGUCGACCUGCCGCCUUUUUAUCUAAUCGUUAAAUUAUUUAUUUUUUGUUGAGAAAUCGAAGGUGCCAGUAAUCCAGAGGACUCUUGCCUGCACGCGACCACCGAGCCUCACCUCCUGUCAUCGACCUGUCCGUCUGUCGGCCGUGAGCAUGGGGAACAGCAAACCCUCAGCGCUCCUCUCGCUUAUCGGUGUCAUGCUGCUCUGGCCGUAUGUUCUCACCAGGAGCGUCUCAUCCAGACUACAGACUGCAGACAGCACCUCUCUAUCAGCAGGCCAGGGAGGAGAGCGCCCUCAUGUGGUGAAGAGGUCGACACAGAACUGCGAGAGCACGUUUGACAGCUACUGCAUGAACUCCGGCCAGUGCAUGCUGCUGGUGGACCUCAACGAACACCACUGCAAGUGUGAGAAGGGCUUCUACGGCCCCAGGUGUAGCAAACUGGAGCUCGUAGUUCAGCCAAUGGGAGAAGAGCAGAUCAUUGGCACCAUUUUCUGCAUGGCUCUGCUGAUUAUAGGUGUGUCCGGAGCUCUGUACUUCUGCUGCAAAUGGUAUAAGAAAAACAAAUUCCCACGUCAGCAGAAGCGACAAGGUUACAAAGGAGUCCAGACAGCUUAGAGUGCCACACACACUCACUGCAUCCGCCGCUGGAGAAUGCAAACCACGAUGUCCCCAGUUUCCUAAAAGAAAAAAUGUCAACAUAAAGUACCAUGACGUUACCUGACGAGCUUACACUCAGUGGCCGGUUUAGUGGAUGUCACACGGCAUCGCUUCAUCGAGCAGGCAGGUCGACACAGAUAUAUAUUUAAAAUAAGCUCAAAAAGAAACAGCUUUGUGGGCUGUUGUUACAGCCGCACCGGUUCGUGUUUCAGCACCCGCUGCCCUCAUGUUGGAAAAGAUGAAAGGCGAGACGCACAAAGGCAGUUUCUGUGGGUGACAAUGAUGAGGGGGUCAUGGAAAAUUCAUGGAAGGAUGUGAAAGUCUAAAGAAAUGUGAGGGGUCUGUCGAACACCCAUCAUAGUGAUCCAUGCUUUUAGACAUUUAGGUCUGUAGAACAAGAGGUAAACCUCCUCCUUUAACUUCUAAGGCAACAAGCCACAGCUUAGCUAACGGACAUUAUAACGAUCAUUAUCAAAGCUAUUUACCCGUCGCUAAGCCCCGCCCCCCGCUGCUACUACCUCAAGCUGUGAGAGUUACCAUGGAGCCCACACUGUCACUAACUGCACUCCCUGAAUAAAUAUUAAUUUAAGAGAGAUGCAGACAGAAGGGUCUACAAUAUGGGUCUAUGGAGCAGGGCCGGAUAGUGGUCACACUCUGGUCGGAGCUGCCUGGUGAUGCUAUGAUUGGCCGGUCUGCAUUCGAGGGCGGGACUUAGCGAAGGGUCAAUUGUGCUGUAGAAUCUUCACAUUAGGCCCUUUGUUGCCUGUUAAUAUGAGAUUGACAUCAAGAUUUCAGAGAGCUCUUUCUUGAGGUUCUGCUAGGUCACAGAUCUCCACGCAUCUUUUAAAUCUGCCUCAGAUAUCGAAACAUUAAACUAAAUUAUAAUAAAGUCUUAACCAUCAUCUCCCUUCUUACAACAGUCCUACACUGUUUUUUAGUUUUUGAUUUAUAUCUAACACCUCCGGUUCAACUUGUAUUUAUUGUUUGCCUUUUAUAGCUAUAAUGAAAAUCUAAAAUAGCUAUUGUUUUCAUUAAACUGGCCACUGAGUGUAACAAUUAUGUGUUUUAUUAUUUGGAACUUUGUUUCAUCAGAAAGUAUUCUGGUUUUGAUAAUUUAUUAUAACGUAUUAAAGUAUAUACUGGAAUCUUGUUUUGUUAUGGAAGCUGUUACUGCUACAAAAAUGAACUUGAAUAUUUUCUUUCUGUUCAUUGACUUUGAUCUCACUUCACGAGCCAUUGUUGUCUGAAGGGCACAGCUGAGAGUCUUCACAUUCUUCUUACAGUGUUGGCAUUUUUCUUCUAUGUGAUCAAUAGUUCUCUUGAAAGAAAAUGUCUCUCCUCUUUUUGUUAUUGUUUUUUUUUUACACCAAAUGAUAUUUUUGCAAUGGCACUAUUAGCUGUACAAUG